AUGUCGUUAUCUCCCUCCUCACCAACGCCACUGGGUCGAUCAGGUCCGAGAUCCCGGAACGGCUGUUGGACAUGCCGAACCAAGAAGGUCAAAUGCGACGAGAUACGUCCUGUUUGCCGACGGUGCGCACGCCUUAAGCUCAGCUGCGAUUAUGCACCCCGGCUCCGCGCCUUUCCUAAAGGGUCCUCAGCUGGAACGUUUGUCCACUCAAGCCUCGACUUCUCCCGUGUCAAGCCAUCAACUCGUGGAAAUGUACCAGACGAGUCUUCCUGUGGCAGUCCUCGGUCUGGAAGUGAGGAGAUAUCCCCCUCAUUGAGCACAGCUUUCCAAUGGGGCACUUACGGGAUGGAACUCGGUAGUGAGGAGAUCGAAGCGAUACAGUACUUCCGGGAGUCAUUUUCGCCGCUAUACAUCAUGAAGAAGCCACAGUACUCUGCAUUCGCAAUUAUGCUGCGCCUUGCUACACAUGAUCCUCUUGUACUACAUAUGAUACUUGCGAUUGGAGGCCGUGGCAUUGAUUACAGACACCAAUGGCAUGAGAAACAGUAUUGUAUAUCAACAAAAGAUGGCCCCUCAAAGUACCGAAAUCUUGGGCUCAAACACUAUUCCGAGGCAUUGCGAGAACUACACACCAUACUGGGCGAUAACGAAACAGCCGAGUCGGCCAAUCUUGAUUCACUGACGAGUGGGCUAGUCCUCAUGAUUAUGUACGAACAACUCCAUGGCGACACCAGAUGCGAGGGCCUGGCCAGCCAUCUAAACGGGGCAGCACUGAUCUUCAAGCAUCACUACGCUGAUAUCCUACAACGAGCCAGAGAUACAAGUCAGUCAGUACCUUUGAUGAAGACAGCUGAAUCAGGAACUCCCCGGCAUCUAUCCCAAUUCUGUGCUCGGCUGAUAACAAGAAUCUGCGGAAUGGACGCCACCGCAGCGUCUUUUGGGCUCGGCGGGCAAGUCACUAAGGUGCUCUGCAGAGCCUUACCAGAAAGUGACGAUAAGAGCAGUUUGCCGACGGGUCCAAUCAAGAGACUAUCCAGUCUCCACGCUUAUUCAGGACCGCUUUACCGUUUGGUCUGGGGUGAUGAUUACCCCGCAGUAGAGCUGGUGCAUGAUCUAGAGAAUAAGCAGCUCUUUGAACUGUUGGAGGCUAGUGUUCAGCUACGCUACCUGACAUCCGAGAUGACGAGCCUUCUCCCCGUUGGCGGCUCAGUACUAGCUGAAGCUGCCAGGAAAGUUGAGACGGCGAUUCAUGAGAUCAGCGAGACAUAUAAGCACAUUCUUGACUUUGCGACACGGCUUACUUCGGCUAUUGAUGAUACUUACUCUAUGGUUUUGACUAUACGUUGGGUAGUACCUAUAUACUACACCGAGGUCCUCGACUUUCUCCGCAUCGCCAGGACCGUACAGCCUGCGGUCGAGCUAGAAACCGACAGCAGCAAAACAAUCCGUAAUAUCAUGAAUCUCGCUUUUCAAGCUUACCAGCACGGGGGAGACGUUGCCAUGGUUCGGAUUGCCCGUCCAUUGUUCAUGGUGGCGUUGGAGACUGAUGAAGAACUCCAUGUUUCGUGGAUUCUUGAGAGAUUCAAGGGUUUGGCCCAGUUUGGAGAGCAUUUUGCGCGUGCGGGUGAUUUCCUGGAGAGGGUUUCGAAGAUGAGACCAGAGUUGAGAACGAGUAUCGACCUACGGACUGCGUUCUCGAAUCAGGCUACAUCGAUAUGUUUGUGCUUAAUGUGA